AUGGAACUGGCGUACGCAAACAACCUUCGUAGUGCAGCGGCCAACACGACCAAUUUCACAGCGGACGAGAGGCAGCAAAUGGAAGCCGAGGCUGCCCGAGUGGAGGCUUUACAGAUCGCUGGAAUGGCAACAGAAUAUCUUGAUUUCGCUUUUGAUGGCAAAUGGUACAGGAAAACACCGUGGUCUGAACUUCCCGCCAAAGCAAAGGACGCAGCCCAUGCCUUGAACUGGGAAGUUAAUGAUGAUGAUGAGACAGCAGCUGCAGCAGUAGGCUCCUGCUGGUAUCCCAUGGAAACUCGAACGUGGGAGGAUCUGUCCAUAGAACAAUGUAAUGGUGCACGAACUCUUGGGUUCAAUCGACACUCUUGGAAAGACAUGUUCAGCGGAUACUUGUACAUUGCACAAGAUUGGGAAUCCCUCUCCGACGAAAUCCAAGCAUCCUGUCGAGUUUUAGGUUGGUCGGAAGAGAAGUGGGGUAAAACAAUUUUGGUGAAGGAAGAGUCCCGGCAAUGGGGCGCAUUAUCCUUGAAUGAGAAAGAAGCUGCCAGGGCACUAAAUUUCGAACUGCGCUCCUGGAACACGAUGUUUGCAUCAGAUGCAUUCGAAAACAAUGAUGACGGCGAUUACUAA